CAGGCGGCAAUGUUUAGCAACUUCUUCGUGAAGCCUUCCGGAGGUGCAGGCUCGUGUUCCACCGGCAGUAGCGCUAAAUCAGAAACAGCGACCAGAGUUAUAGAUCCCUCCACAGAUGCGAAUAGCAACACACUAGAACCAUCGGCUAACAACUCAAUCUUGACGGGAAAAAUGACUGAAAUCAAGGCUUUCGAAGAGUACUUUAUACCGUUUGAGGUGCCAUUACAUGCACGCAUGGCCAAGAGUUCUGUGCGUAGGCCUUUAAGCGAAGUUGAGUUUGUUGCUCUGAAUCGCACGUGGGAUAGUGCGAGACAAAGCACACAACCCGAUAAGGACACAGAAACCGUGAAGGUGAUCAUUCCAAACCAAGGUACAGAUAGUGAAGACAAUGCCGUCGCCAGUAAAGCCAUGCUGGACGAGCUGAUAAGUUGCGGUCAGUCCGGCAAGUGGCGAGUAGAGGCCGAUUCAAAGAGAAACAAAAAGAAAAAUAGGGGAGAAGAAAACGAUGAGGAUGUUGUGUGUCUGGGCUCCGCACCAGAAUCUUCUGGUGUAUCGAAGGAAGCUUAUACCGGAUUAGGGGGAUCACAAACCAUGCACCUGAAGCUGCUGCAAUUCCACGACAACUACCGGCCGCCCUACUUUGGCACGUGGUCACGUAAGAGCGCACAAAUCUCCGGACGUACGCCUUUCAAAAUGGACACGGACCUGUUCGAUUACGAUGUUGUCAGCGAUGAAGAGUGGGAGGAGGAACCAGAGGGUGAGGAUCUAUCUGAUGAUGAAAAGGAAGCCGACGCUGACGCCGAAGAUGUGGAAGAAGAAGAAGACGGGUUUGUGGUACCGCACGGCUAUCUAUCUGACGAUGAAGGUGUGGUCGAUGGGGAGGGUGACGAAAAGGACGAUUCGUCAAAGUCGGGCAUUCGCAAUGAAGCGCGUGACAAGAAACUAGAGAUUGCUGGAGCCAGGGCAGCUAUG